AUGUCUAUUGCUCUUCUCAACCUUAACCGCCAAUUACUCUCACGAGCAUUGAGCCGUGCUGGUCCAUUGGCAAUAGCUCAACAAAAAGCUACUUCAAGUACGGUGACACCAGAUGUAGCAAAUUAUCGAGCCAAAGCUGCCGAUUGGGUCGCACAAAAUGAAAAUCAAUUUAAACGACCUGUAUCACCUCAUAUACAAAUCUAUCGAUUUCCUUUUCAAGUAUGGUCAUCUGGUUUUCAUCGUUUCACAGGUGUUGUGUUAAAUAUAAUGCUUUAUACUGCUGGUCCACUUGCAAUUUUGGCUACUGGUCAUAGUGCUGAAAUUUUAAAUUAUAUCUAUGCAAUGGAUAUACCAAGUUGGUUUAUUAUUUCAGUUAAACUAUUGAUGGCAUGGCCUAUUUCAUAUCAUGCAUUAAAUGGUAUUCGUCAUUUGGCCUGGGAUAUGGGCAAAGGAUUUGAAGGGUAUAACAAGACGAGUGCUAUUAUUUUUCUUUUAUCAUUUAUUUCUGCAAUUGGUAUAACUCAACUAUAA